AUGCUGUGCGCACUUUCCGGCGAGGCCCCCGAAGAGCCCGUGGUCUCAAAAAAGACUGGAAGCAUCUACGAGAAGCGAUUAAUCGAGAAGUACAUCGAGCAGAACGGAAAAGAACCUGGCACCGAUGAAGAGCUCGAUAUGGAAGAUCUUUUGCCUCUGAAGGCAGGAAGUGUUGUGCGGCCGCGGCCGCCAACACUGACUUCUAUUCCGGCGCUUCUGGCGACCUUCCAGAAUGAGUGGGAUGCACUGGCGUUGGAGGCAUACAACUUCCAGGAGCAGCUGGCGCAGACCCGGAUGGAGCUCGCAACAGCUCUUUAUCAACACGAUGCUGCUAUCCGCGUCAUCGCACGCCUGACAAAGGAGCGGGAUGAAGCAAGAGAGUCGCUAGCUCGUGUUACAGUCGCUGCCUGCGGCACGGGACCGUCUAACGGAGAUUCUAUGGCGGUCGACGACGAAGAGUUGCCUGAGGCCUUGGCGGCUGUAGUGGAUGAGACGCUGAAGAAUCUUUCCAAGUCCCGAAAGCGGCGACCUGUGCCUGCUGGAUGGGCAACAGCACACGAAAUCUCGUCUUUCUCCCCGACUGCUUCGGAUAUCCUCCCUGUGGUAACAGCAACGGCGAUUUCCGUAAGCAGUGACGGGAGGUUUGCCGCGGUCGCCGGCCUCGAUGGCAGUGUCGGGAUCUACUCAGUAGAGGCACGAAAGCUAGAGCGGUCGUUGAAAGUAGACGAGCCGGUGACGGCGGUGGUUUGGGUUGACGCCAAAAUUAUCGUGGGUACCGCAAAGGGCAGCAUCAAGAUUUUUGUGGGGGGCAAGGAAGCUGCUGCGAUGCGUGAGCAUGCCGGCGCCGUGACGGGCGUGGCCGUCCACCCAUCGGGCCGGAUAUUGGCUUCCGUUGGGCCAGAUAAGACUAUUGCAUUUUACGAUCUGCAGUCCCUGUCUCGAGUCAGUCGCGCACAUAGUAACGCCUCUCUCACCACGAUUGCUUUUCACCCCGACGGCCAUCUUGUCGCGGCAGGCACGGCUACAGGCGACGUGCAAGUAUUCAUGACCAAGACGGGCGAGCAGGCGACAACAUUUAAUCUCGGAGCACCCGUGGAAGUCAUUGUCUUCUCGGAGAACGGUUACUGGAUUGCGGCGACGGCGAAGGGCCAGACUACAGUCACAAUCUUCGACCUGCGCAAGGAAGGCGACGAGGCGGUGGCUAAAGUACUGGACAUUGGCAGCACCGUGGCUGCACUGGCCUGGGAUUACUCGGGACAGUUUCUGGCAACAGCUGGCCCAUCUGGUCUGACAGUGCAGCAGUACGCCAAGGGUGCGAAGACGUGGUCACAAACAUUGUCCAGCGCGACGCCCGCCGUGUCUGUACAGUGGGGUACCGAGGCAAAGCAACUGCUAUCUGUGAAUAUUGAUGGCGUGGUUUCGGUACUAGGCGCCAAAGAUUCUGUAGAGGGCUUUGGAAGACUGCUCAACGGAGGCCACAUCAUCACCGAUCCCACCACCUUAUAUUUUGACAACGCUCAAUACUACGGUGACGUUGCUGAGGGCGAGCUCUUCUUGGGCGACUUUGUCGAGUCCAGGCAGUCCCGGCCAAUGCCAGCUAGGCCAGAGUCAGCCUCAGACAAUAGCAGCGGAACUAGUUACGCUGGAGACGAGACGGUAGAUAUUGAAGAAGGGGGACAGGGUAGUGACAGGCUCAGCAGUGGAAGCCAGAGCAGCACUUCUCUGCCAUCACCACUCGUGUCGAAUUCUCCGCCACCAGAGGUGGACGCAACCCUGCGUCAGUUGAUACAGGAAGCGGUGGCAAGGCACCUAGAACAGAACCAGCAGCAGCAUAACAGGGUUAGAACCACGUCUCAACUGCCCCAAUUGUACCAACGUUCCCGACAAGCACAGGCCGUCGUUAUGGACCGGCAGCAAGGCGAGCCGACCGUCAUCGACCUGACCGAGGAGCCAGACAGUCCGGUUUUCCAGCUGCGAGCGGCCCGAUUGCCGGAACAGCAAGAGCGAUCACGGCGUGGUACCGGGUCCCGGCCGACCGUCAUAGACCUAACGGACGACUCACCUGACGCUCAGCCACGACAACAGGGCGGCGCAAAUAUUUCCAGCCCAGAAUACAUAGAGGUCAGGCCGGCAAGACCACGUCGUGGCCAACAAAACGACACAUUCUCCGAACUACAACUCAGUUUCGGCUUCAGCCAGUUUGCCCGCAGUCACCUGCCCGCGCUGCCCAAUAUUUUCCCAUUUCACCGCCAGAACCAGAACCCCAACCCCAACACACACAUACGCAACGGUCGACGCAUUCGUGGCGCUUCCCAAGACGGCUACUUUUACCACGGACACCAGCCGGUAGAAGUGGAUUUGGAGAUUCUCGGACAACAUUACCUACCCGUCAACCCACUACGAGGCAACCAACCUGAGCUCAACUACCAGAUGAACGGUAUACUGCAAGUGCCCAGGAUGGGCGGUAGCAAUGACCAACCACUACUCGGCCCGCCACCACAUAUUCCACCACCGCCUGCCCGAGAAGGCUUCACGAGAGAUACCGGCGAGGACGUAGUAGCAGUGUGUGCCAGUUGUGGUGAGGAACUGAUGUAUGACCCGGACGGAGGGGCUGAUAACCCGCCAGCCAAGCGGGCGCGGACACGAAAAGAUCGGGAAGAACAUCAUUUUUGGGCUGUCACAGCCUGUGGCCAUGUCUAUUGCAGACGAUGCUUUGAGAAUCGGCGCAGCAAGGACCCCACUCUCGGUUUCGCCUCUAAUGGAAAGGCAACGCUGUGCGCCGUUGAGGGUUGCCAGACAGAUGUAACGCUGAAAAAGGCCUGGGUUGGGCUAUUUCUCUGA